AUGAAGCUUUCAACCGUCUUACUUGCUCUUUGUGCAGGUUGUAGUCUAUGUAUGUUCAUCCCUGGCUUCGACGGGAUAGUUCAUUUUACUGAAAGCAAUGAAGAUUUCCGCAAUGCAAAGGGCCAGAAAGGUUUAGGUCAACAGGAGACUGGGAACUUUCAUUUACAGGAACAAAAGGUCAUCCAAAAGGCAGAGUCGCUUCCUUAUCGAUAUAUUAUAGCCUUCCGUGAAGAUGGUUCCUUGCAGUGCAUUGAAUCGCACAAACGAAUGAUCCAGGAGAUGCAGAAGGAGUCUGUAAGUAAGCUUGCAAAAGACGAUGCCUUUUUAGUGACAAUUUCAACUUCAGCACCCUCUCAUUUGCAAUUUGGAGGUAUUGAUAGCUUUUUUGAUAUAAACGGUCUAUUUCGAGGUUAUACUGGCUAUUUCACCGAAGAAGUCAUUAAGAGAGUUCUCCAAGAUCCAAUUAUUAAAUUUAUCGAACAAGAAAGCACGGUGAAAGCUUCAAAUUCAUCAUCUCAAGAGGAAGCUCCUUGGGGAUUGCAUAGGAUUUCUCACAGAGAAAAAGCAAAAUACGGUCAAGAUUUGGAGUAUUUAUAUGACGAUGCUGCAGGAAGAGGAGUCAAAUCUUAUGUCCUCGAUACAGGGAUUGACAUCGACCACGAAGAUUUCGAGGGGCGUGCUGUAUGGGGAGCCGUUAUACCUGAUAACGAUGAGGCUUCUGAUUUGAACGGCCAUGGGACACAUUGUGCUGGGAUCAUUGGUUCCAGGCAUUUUGGCGUGACUAAGAAUACGAAUCUUGUAGCAGUAAAAGUUCUCCGUUCGAAUGGAGAAGGGACGGUGUCAGACGUUAUCAAGGGUAUCGAAUUUGUUGUUCAGGACCACAUAGAUUCAUCAAAGAAAGGAGGCCCCAAGUUCAAAGGAUCUACUGCUAACCUAUCCUUGGGAAGUAGUAAAUCACCUGCAAUGGAAAUGGCUGUGGACGCAGCCGUAGAAAGUGGUGUUCAUUUCGCUAUCGCAGCGGGGAACGAAGAUGAAGAUGCCUGUUUGAGCUCACCAGCCGGUGCUGAAAAAAGCAUUACCGUUGGAGCUUCAACAUUCAGUGAUGAUAGAGCAUUUUUUUCGGAUUGGGGUACGUGUGUUGAUGUGUUUGCUCCGGGUGUAAAUAUUUUAUCUACCUAUAUUGGCUCGAGAAAUGCAAGUUUGAGUUUAUCAGGCACCUCAAUGGCUGCACCUCACGUUGCUGGUAUUUUGAGUUACUUUCUUUCAUUACAACCUAGCUCAGAUAGUGAUUUUUUCGAUGGCACUGUUUCACCUCAACAAUUGAAGGAGAAAAUAAUAAAUUUUAGUACGCAGGGUGUUUUGGGUGAUGUCGGUGAAGAGACGCCUAAUAGAUUAAUAUACAAUGGAGGGGGCAAGAAAUUGGAUAAUUUUUGGUAG